AUGUCGAACUCGGAGGCCAGCAGGGUGUAUGAGACUAUAGUGGAGUCUGUUGUGAAUGAAGUAAGGGAAGAUUUUGAGAACGCAGGGAUUGAUGAGCAGACUUUGCAGGAUUUGAAACGAGUUUGGCAACUAAAGCUGUCAGAGACGCAGGUUGCCAACUUUAGUUGGGAUCCGCAGGAGAAUGCUACACAGCAGUCAGUGGAUGCCAUCGUUAACGGGAACGGUUUAGCUAACGAUGACGGAACAGGGAAGAAUUUUGCGGUACCUUCUGAAUAUUCGCUUAAUAACGAGUCUCAAGGACUAGUGUUACCUGGUUUCGCUACCGAUGACUCGAACAAGAUCGAUACCGCUUCAACGGAAACGCAAAAUGGCAAGGGGCUUGAAGAUAAGCUGGGUACAAAUGGGUCGGGCGAUGCCAGUGACUCCGGUAAUGUAGAUGAUUCCUUAAAGAGAGAGUCUGAGCCAAAGAUACAGAAUUCACGAGAGAUAGAGUUGACCCUUUCAUAUCCUGACAGCCAGGCGGCUGAUCUCCUGAAGCAAGAGGCGAAAAAGGCUAAGAGAAGUGCGCUGCUGGAUACAGACGAAGUGGGUUCAGAGUUAGACGAUUCGGAUGACGAUUAUCUGAUCUCUGAAGGCGAGGACGAUGGACCAGAUGAAAACCUAAUGUUAUGUUUAUACGAUAAAGUCACUAGGACGAAGGCCAGAUGGAAAUGCAGUCUGAAGGACGGUGUCGCAACAAUCAAUCGUAAGGACUAUACUUUCCAAAAAUCCCAAGUGGAAGCGGAGUGGGUGUAA